CCCGCCCGCCGGUGCCUCCCUCCGCCUCUGAACCUCCUGGGCUUUGCUGAGAGGCGGGAUCCCUGCCCGGCUCGCUCCGUCCCUGGGGAAGGGAUCCAGCGGAAAUCGCUCGCCGACGGAGGGGCUCGCGCCGGACCUUUUCCAGGCUGGAUCCCAGCGCCGCUGCCACGCCGAUGCAUGAGAAGGCAGCUCCCCUGAAGAGCCCCGAGCCCAGGCACAGUCGUGAGAAGCUGGAGGUGUCCCACAAGCAGAAGAGUUUGGAUUCCCUCGACGGCAGCCUCCGCCUGAAUGAAACCCUCAAGGAUGAGGACAUCAAGAAAUGCCACCGGGAAGUGGCUGCUAGCAAGUACAACUCCCAGUACCACAAGCUGUUCAAGGACAUCCCGACGGAGGAGAGCGUGCUGAAAGUUUGCUCCUGCGCGCUCCAGAGAGACAUCCUCAUCCAGGGAAGGCUUUACAUCUCCCCCAACUGGCUCUGCUUCUACGCAAACCUUUUUGGGAAGGACAUUAAGGUUGUGAUCCCAGUGGUGUCUGUACAGCUGAUAAAGAAGCACAAGACUGCUCGGCUGCUGCCCAACGGCCUGGCCAUCACCACCACUGCCAGCAGAAAGUACAUCUUUGUAUCCCUCAUCUCUCGUGACAGCGUCUAUGAUGUCCUGAGGAGAGUCUGCACCCACCUGCAGGUUUCCAGUAAGAAGAGCUUGAGUCUGAAGGAGCUGUCGGAGGAGCCGGACUCCGUGUCACUGGAGGUGAUUGUCCCCGAGGGCAAGUGGAGGAAGGUGUCACCUACCUCACUGUCACUGUCACUGCCAGAUGCCAACUACCAGUGCAUCCACCGGACCUCUGUCAGCAGCCUAAGCGCCAAGGAGAGCUCCUUCACCUCUGAGGAGCCACUGGUUUCAGAAAGUGCAAUAAAUACUGAGGAAGAGCUGGAGGUGGAGCAGAGCUGUGUGGCAGAGCUGAGACCCUCCGACUACCAGCUCCUGAAGAUCUUCAUCGUGCUCAUCUGUCUCCUGGUCGUGUCCUCCUCAUACCUGGCGUUCCGCAUCUUCCGUCUGGAGCAGCAGCUCUGCUCUCUGAAUCGGGAUUACCUCUCCCGCGGGCACAGGAGGUGACCGUUCCCCAGGCGCUGGCUGAGGAUGGACACUGAGGCAGUGGCACCCUGCCCACGGAUCCCGGUGCUGUGUCCUCCCAACCGUGGCUGUUACACGUGGUCCGGCUUUCUCUCGGCCGGUAAAAUGGGACCAAGUAUUUUCUCUCUUCCUUCGGGCACUCGCUCCUGGUGGGACUUUCCAGCCAGCUUCUGGCCACCAGUGCCAACUCCCCAUCCCACUGGAAACCUGUUUUCUCCCUGGGACACUGCUGUGCUGUAGCACUGGACAAUGGCUCGAGGCUGCCGAGCACUUGGAUCUUCCCUUAGGACUUGCUGCUAAAAUGGAUGCUGGUUUUUAUUUCAGGCUUGGUUUUUUCAUGUUAAAAGAUGACCUUGGGCUGACCAGGAACCCCCAAAAAUGUGGAUGAGUUGCCACUGCUGCUCUGGGAGAAAGCCACCUAUUUGUCCCUGUCUCAGCAUCCCUGGGAAUGUCCCUGGAGGAAUGGCCCUGAAGACAGGGAUCUGUGGGGAUGGGGGGAAAGGGCCCACUAGCCCUGUGUGGUGUCAUCUAUCCCACACACAAGGGUGGGGGUACAAGGCAGGGCCCCCCAGUCCUUCUCUCCUGGAGCACCAGGCUCAGAGAGCAGGGGGAUGUGUGUGUGUCCCUUGCAAAGCACUUUAAGGUCCCCCAGACCAGGUGUCCAUGCUGGGUUCCACACCUGGCCCAGGUGUGCUCAGCCCAUGGAGGCGUUGGAAAGGAGCCCAUGGCUGGCACUGGGGAAUGGCCUGGAGAACAGCGUCUGUGCCUGGUUCAUGUUAACCUUCCACCACAUGGAGCUGAGUGCUGCAGGAUUUGUCCUGCAGGAUUUGUCCCACAGCCCCCCUGGAGCACACUGGGGCAGCAAGUGAUUCCUGUGGCAUUCCUUCGGGUUUUCUUUCCUGUUUUUUUGGAACUACAAGUGCUGACGGGGCCAAAUCCCAGCGCCCUGGGGAAGAGCUCGCUGCUCCCUCCGGGCUUGGAACGGCUUUUAAAUGAAAUGAAAAUAAACCCAGGA